AUGGCACGCAGAUAUUCACAGGAGGAGCUUUUACACCUGCGGGAGUCGCCUCUAGUGGUAAAACCAGAUGGCCUACCUCCGAUAGAAGAAUGGAUGGGACCGCUUGUAGAUGCAUCUACACAGAAGAAACACACUACCUCUAAGGAACAAACGAACCAGACUGAGUCUACUGCUUCAGCACGUAGAUCAAGUUUCUUUGAGCCACGCCAUAUAUCUCGUUCCUCGAAUUCGGAAGAUAUCAUAUUAGGGCCUCCUAAAACCUCAUUUUCUUCAGCCACGAGAGGAUUUGGUAAAUUUAGUGACCCUGAUAGGUAUAAUAGCUUGAAAUCCCCCGACGGUGAUGUCACCAAAUCCGACCGUUUCCCACACCGUGACAAAUUCCUAAAAGAUAAAGACUCAAGUGAUAGAGACAGAGAUCUUGACAAAAGAGACUCCAAAUCUCAUGCCACAAACGGUCGAAGAAGUGGACGUGAUGAUAAAGAUGAUUGGGGAACGCGACCCAGACGUACCUUCGGCCAGGAAGAAACUAGUGACAGGAGAGUGAAACGAGAGGGAGACAGAUGGGAUAGCAGAGAUUUUAGAGAACACCGUGAUCAGCAAGAAGCUAAUGAACGGGGCCAUCGUGGUGAGCAAAGCAAAUACCCUAAUCGGAGGGAUGCCCAGGGUAAAAGCCGUCACGAUCAUCCUUCGUGGUUUCGUGAUGGCGAUUCUCAGGAGAAUGUUGAACAAGAAGACGAGAAAACUCCUAUACGGAAUCGGGAGUGGCGUCGUGGUGUACAAGGCCAGGAUAGGGAUAGGGACAGAGACAGAGACAGGGACAGGGACUGGAACCGGUCUACAAAGCAUGAGCAGGACCCUGAAUGGAUGGAUUCAUCAAAUAAAUCUGACCACAAAGAAGCCCAUACCCAGGAAGACUUCCAGAGGUGGAAAGAGAGGAUGAAAUCUGGUGGUGCUCCACCAUCGGAUGAAACGAAGAAGAAGGCUCCAGAGGUCACAAGUAGCGUUGAGGCCAAGCCGGCUGAAGUAAAGCGAACGGAGGGAGAGAUGUUUUCAAGUCUUGAACCAGCAUACAAGACUGAUGCUGGAUUUGAUGACUUUUUUGGAGCUUGGGGAGGCCCCAAGCCUACCCAGGAUCCAGGACAUGGCAGUGUUGCUGUUGGAUCCGCCGCAAAGGAGCCUCAAGCUGCAAAGCCAGCAAAGUCCUCCAGGUUUGCCGGCUUUUUCAACUCUCCCACUGAAGCAACUUCUAAAGAAGCAGAAGCUACAGCUUCUCAACCACGGCCGGUGUCGACAGAUGCCGAUCAAGAAGGCUUUCAGCGAAUCUUACAGCUUCUUGGUGGUAAUAAGUCUAGAAACUCAACUCCUCAGGCCGAAGAAAUGAUGCGACCAAAGCCAACACCACCGCAGCAAAUCCAGCAAGAGUUCAGCCAUGCACCUGCUCCUACAGCUUCGCCACAUCGUGAUGUUAUCAAUCGACAGCCUUAUAUGGGUUAUUCGGAGCCUCCCCGCGAACAGACAGCCCAUGGGCUUGAGCAACUUAUUGCACAAAAGGCCCCCAAGGAAUUUCAGCCGUCACCAUAUGAUUCCAAUCUUCUGCUGCGUCUAAUGCAGCAAGCCAAAAUCGGCCAGUCUCACCAAGGCCAGAUGCCUGCCCACACACCACUACAGAGCCCUGGUGCGCAAAAUAUGCCUGAGAUGCAGCCUAGGAAUCAUGAGAUACCAAAACAGAAAAGCCCGUUAUUCUUUGACGACCCUGCAAUUGCAAAUAUGCAACGUCCAGAUCCGAAUGAUCCUCGAAGUCAACUUCGCCGGCGGGCCACUGGAGGCCCUCCUGGUUAUUUUGAUGAGAUGCAAUACCAAGGCCCUUCAAGUGGAAGCCAUACUCCCGCUAACCCUCCUGGCCUUCGCACUACUCAAUCUGCCUCUCAGCCGUCCAUGAUCCAACGCCCACCAGGCCUCGAACAGGUUACCUCCCCAGGUGGAUGGCCAAAUCCCCAGCAAAUGCAGCAAGGGGCUGCCCAAUAUAUCGGACGUCCAGGAAUGCCUAACCCGCCCCCUAAUCGUAAUAUUAACCAGAGCUUCCCACCUGUUCAGCAGAUGCCGAUGCCGGGCGGAAUGCCUCCCCUUAACGACAGACAGACCUUCCAGCGAGGUCCUGCGGCCGGUGGCCCCUCGAAUUUUGGUCCUCCACCCGGGAUUGUCCCGCCUCCAGGAUAUAUGGCUAUGAACCAUCCUCCUCCUUCAGCCUUCCCACCUAUGCCCCAUAACCCCGAGGGUAUGGUAGGCCUCUCUCAUGGUCACCCUGCCCACUUUGGCGCAGGGCCACAGCCAGGUGUGGGUGGCCAUCAGCCAUCGUCUCGCCAGCUACUUGAAAUGUUCACAGGACAUGGCGGAGGGCCAGGAGAUGGGGGCAUGGGAAACCGAAAUGGUUCCGGUAUGAUGGGGCCGCCAUAUCGCUGA